AGGCCACGCCACGUUUUCUAAGCACAGGCCACGCCACGCAAUGAUGCCCCAAGCCAAGUUCUCCAAUGCAACCGACCAUGAAUGAUGUCUAUCGCGAGUUGAAGGAAGGUCCAUUCCGCGGACUCCGUAUGGAAGGCGUGUGCCAAGCAGCCGGCCGACGACGUGGCGGAGUCCAAAGCACGGUACGCUUUGUGUCUCUUGUCGGGCGCCCCUAGGGGACCCUGUCGUUCGGUUCUACGACUGAGGGGGUUCAGCAUGAGGGCGUGUCGUCUUCGUUCAUUUUGCCAUUUCAACGCGAAAAAGAGAGGUUUUUAUAUUAAAUAGGCCUUCCCUCUCUUACGCUGUUGAAGGGCUUAAGAAAGUUGACGACAUGGUGCGGGAUGGAGUACGGGACGGGCUCCGGACUCGCCUUUGCCGUUAAUCAGACGGCUCGCACUUAACUUGAUGGGUUAACCCUCUAUGCUCUCCGGCGGCAGUCGUAGAAGAUCAGGCACUGAAGUAGAUGAUAUUACAACAAACAGCAUCGACGGAAAGACCACCUCCGAAUGGAAGGAAGAGGGUCGGUGCGAUGGGGCAUGCUUGAAGAGGGCUGAAGAUGCACGAUCGUGGCGUGACAGACGUCUGGGGAUGGAUUCGGACGCGAGCAAGAUGUGUGCCGCAUUUAGGGAAGAGCAUCCGGGAGACCAGUGCGAAGCAAGAUCCAUCUUGCAGAGCCAAGAACACCGCAGAGAGCCCAGCGUGACGCAGACCCCACUAUACAGAGGUUUGAACAUGAUCCCAGUUUGAACACUACAAGGACUUGGACAACAGCCGUGCCUGGCCACCUGACACGAUCCUGCCAAGGGAAGCGGUUGUGCCGUUAUCUUUUGAUCGAUUCCAAACGGCCAGACAGCCGAUGGAGAAUGCUGCAGUGUUACUUCAGCAUCGACGGAAAGACCACCUCCGAAUGGAAGGAAGGGGGUCGGUGCGAUGGGGCAUGCUUAAGGAGGGCUGAAGAUGCACGAUCGUGGCGUGACAGACGUCUGGGGAUGGAUUCGGACGCGAGCAAGAUGUGUGCCGCAUUUAGGGUAACUUCAUUUCAUUAUUUUUGAACCCAAUUUUAAAAAUUAUGAGCGAUUUAAAUCGUUAAGAUUCUUUUCAGGAAGAGCAUCCGGGAGACCAGUGCGAAGCAAGAUCCAUCUUGCAGAGCCAAGAACACCGCAGAGAGCCCAGCGUGACGCAGACCCCACUAUACAGAGGUUUGAACAUGAUCCCAGUUUGAACACGACAAGGACUUGGACAACAGCCGUGCCUGGCCACCUGACACGAUCCUGCCAAGGGAAGCGGUUGUGCCGUUAUCUUUUGAUCGAUUCCAAACGGCCAGACAGCCGAUGGAGAAUGCUGCAGUGUUACUUCAUAUUCCCAAAAGAUGGGUAACACCAGAAAAAGGGAACCACUCGGCUCGAACUGCUGGAAAUGACACAGAAGUGAAAGUCCUCGUCCGGAGCCGGCAUCACCACAUCUAGGUCACAGGAUAUUCAUCACCACGACCAGGGCGUCGCUCCAACUGCUGGAAAUGACACUCUCAAGGAUGUGCAUUGUAACUGGAGGUUGCAGAGAGUUUGCACCACCACACCCAGUCCUGGAUGGAAACAGAAUUUAUGAUCUAAUCAAAUGGAAGACCGCAAUUGUCCUGAGAUGACGAGGUUAAGUAGAAUUGUCCAGGGGACGGAAGAGGUAUCCCGGGGCUCAGUACGCAUACCAAUCCUGGAACAGACUCUCUCGAUAACACGCGUGUUUAUAUGCACAGACGUUUUCAUCGCGUAUCGUAUUCUUAAACGCAAACACAAUUCUUAGUUCAGAUUGAAUCGCAAACGAAGGAUUCGCGAAAGCCACGGACCAUCGCUAGACUAUUUUAUUGCCUUCGCUCAGAUCGAACUGUUGAAAAUGGAUUUGGACAAGACGCGUACCUCUAACCCCUUCAUUUGACGAGACGUGAUACCAAUCCCACAAGCACUGGAUGACAACAUCCUUCAGGAAUCUCUUUACGACUGAUGCCAUGUGACGACGGGGGCACAUCUUGAGGGUAAUGCAAACAGAUAUACACUAUCUCCGGAACUAUAACACCAGAUAACUCCACUCUGAACCAGACUUCCAAUAACGACCUGACCAGCCUAGGCCUGGACCUCAAGUUCUGCUAUUUGACCAGCAAGAUGAACGCUCUGACACAAUGGAUGUGGAACCCUCGGCCCCUGAAUGAUUGUCGCUAUGGGAGUCAUUAGCAACAGACUUCCUCUGGUGUAGUAUUGUACAUUCGCUACCUGUAGGCCUCUGCAGAAGGAUACGUUGUAUUUUAUCGAAAUAUCUGAUUGAAAGGUGGUUUCAUUGCAAAUCUCAAUAUCAUCCGAUGGUAAAAAGCCUACUUCCAUUUUGUGGCUGUGACAAAAUGUCUGAACACAUUUGGAACGUCUUUAAAAGACUUUCCAUCAGUCAUCGUCGGUCACUCCUCCUAGAUGAUUGUUGAUUAAGAACCAGAACCAGAUCCAAAUAAUUUACUAUCGAGCUGUUAAAAUUUACUUCAUUUUUCUCCGAAAUCACCAAAUUGAUCAGAUAUUUCAAUUUUCCCAUCGAAUGAGACAUGGGGUCCACGUGAUUCUGGUUGGUUCGACCCCAGCCAACCAGAACAUGUGUUGUCUUUGAUGGAACCGUAGGCCUUAUGAACUUUCUCGAUCCAUUCAGUACCACGAAUACCUGCGUUUAUUCCAAUCAGCUUCCGAGACCUGAUAGUGCCGGUCUCCAUUUGGGACAGAUAUGAAAUUGGCAAACUCAAACUCUAGCCUCCAUUUUCUACAAGUAUCUUAAAUUUCCUUAAACACGGUAAUUAUCCGGGUGCCUUUCAUUCUUGGUUUCAUCAAUGAUAUGAUAACAAAGGUUAUCCCCAAGACCAAAACAAAUGCAAAAGAAUCGGGCAAAUUCAUUUCCAAAUUUUGAGAUUUCGUUGAAAUAUUUUGUUGAUUGAAAUUUUUCAAAAAUAUUCCAAAUUGAUGUUGGUUCCUGACCUUGCGGUCAAGUGGAAGAGGAGCUCAGUCUUUUCAUGAUAAUUAGUCCAGAAAGAUUCAUCUUGUUUCUUCCUGUGAGUUAUAAAGAUAACAACUGUCCCAUCAAGAAGUUUCCUGUGGUACAGAAUGGGUCGAGCAAGCUGUCGCCAACGUCAAUGUCUGACGUUUUAUGUAUUAAUUUGUUAUGUUUGUAUAAUGAUACAAUAUGUGAAAUUUACAUAUAAAAGCCAUAAUACAUGUAAAGGUGAAUUCAAAAAGUUACUUCUAUUGUCAAACUCGUCCAAAGCAACCGCUUUUGUCAUGCAAAUGAGAGGACUGAUCUGAACGCCUGAUCCAGAGGGGCCCCUUUUGUCAUGCAAAUGAGAUCACAGCACGGUCCUGUUGAUCGCCAUGACGAAAUUGGUUCUUUUGUUAUUUAAAUAACCCACUAACCGAUGUCGUGCUGUUUCGGAUCAAUGAGGUCAAGGUUCGUGACCUAAAUACACCACAGCAGUUCACCUUGCUUGCAUUUACAAUGGUUGUCGCUGCAUGCGACUCAAUUUAUGUUUUUCCUGAUCAAAAACUAUGUCGAUAUUCCAGUGGAAAAUGGUUUCCCAAACAAAAUGAACGUAAACAUAAGAUGUUUUCAACCGGACUGUGCGAGACGGCAUGUAUAACAAUGUGUCCCAAAAGUGUUGCAUGUAUCAAUGGCUCUUUGCAUUAUUUUAGAAAUUUUGAAUUUCACACUAUUUAUUGAGUUGUUCCUCGGAGUUGUCUUUUGUCUCUAUCAAACUGGCUUUGCCGGCAAGUUCCUCAUAAAGCGAUCGUUCCAAAUGAUGGGUUGCGGGUUUCCCCUGCCUUGUACCUACAUUCUAAAUUGCCCUCUCUUUGCACAGUUAUAGAAGUGUGAGGCGCCGUCCACUCAAAAAUGUAAAUAGUUUUUGUUCAGAAUAUGCUUGCAUAUUAUCGCUGUUUUGGAGAAUGAAUUGCCCUGUGGUGUCAUUGUUUUGAUAUUGUUCUGUAAAAUCUUGAUAAAUUCUUGGAAUGUACAGAUUGAAAUAAAAAAUUCAUAAACAGA